GCAACUUCACUGGUGCAUGGCGGUUCGAUGUCGGCGCGCGUAGAGUUCUCGGCGGACUCGGACCAAGAAGUAGUCGUCAUAGACGAUGAUGAUAGCGAGGAAGAUGAAUGUCUCGAUAUGUCCAACCCAUUGGCGCACGUGAAGAAGGUGCCGACAACGUCAUCGGCAACGCCCAGUCGCCGACACUCGUCCACGUCCGACAGUGCUCAAGACAAGAUUGUGCAAGUGGUACACAACCCGGCGACGAAUGGCAAGUCAGUGUCUCCAACUCAACACGUAUUGGCGCCGUCUCGUGGCAAAGGAAGCAUCGCAUCGAACCGAUCACCACCCCACGGGACAAAGGAAGGAGGGCAAGGAAGCAUGACGUCUCCAAUCGAUCUCCCAGAGUCGGAAGAGGAUGAAUCGUUUGCCGAGCAGCCGCCCGUGACGUUGUCUCCACCGUCGUCGGACGUGGACGAAGUGUUUGUGCCACCAAUGGCCAAGCCAUCGAUCACGUUGUCGAAAUGGGCAAGUCGAUUUCUAGCACCUCGCGCGCCAGCCGCGGUGGUCGACGAGUUGGAUCUCCAACCGAUGCAGGACUUCAUCCUGGACGACUUCGGCACGCGGUUCCGUGGGACCACCGAUCCCGACCCCGUCGUCGACGACGAUGAUGAUGACGACGGAAACUCAGAUGGAGACGACGCGUCCAACAAACUAGUCGUUGGGGCGCCGAUCGUGCACAAGAGCCCGCCAUCUACAGCAGCAACCAAAGACACUGCCGCGCCGACCAAGCCGAGGAAAGAAUCGCGGUAUUUUCGGAAGGACCUCACGACCAAGUGCUUCAAUUGCGGCGAAAUUGGCCACAUGUCAAACGCAUGCGUCAACUCGACCGUGUUGCGACCGUGCUUCAUGUGCGGCUACAGAGAUCACAAAGCCAACGAGUGCCCGCACCUGCUGUGCCACCGAUGCAAUGAACCGGGCCACGAAGCGCGGAACUGCCCAAAUGGGCGAUACUAUCUGGACUUCUGCGGGACGUGCGGAGCUGCCGACCACGAUAGCCGCGAAUGCCCGCCGCGUCUGCGCGACGCCAAGCUUGCGCGAUGCAUGGUGUGUUUUGAGCGAGGCCAUUUGGUACGACGCUGGUGCGGAUGGAAGCGUCGUCAAGAGCUGUGUAGAGCUGUGUGCCACAUACCCGCCCAGCAAAUAAGCGUAUUUAUUGCCCCAAGUGCUGCGGACCGCACACGGCCGAGGAAUGCUGUGGUCGCACUGACGGCCACCGUGGCCGAUCGGCUUACGACGACAGCAGGCAUCGAUUCAGCGACAACGGGCGGGCCCUGUAUGCAUUUGAAGCUACCAAGACGUGCUAUAAGUGCAAUGAAACAGGGCAUAUUGCAGCCCAGUGCUCAGCAGGACCUGCCAAGCCCCGCCACGGCGUCAAGCACCAGAGAUUCGACAGCGCGGACGACGCAUACGGCAGCGCCCCCAAGCGACAGCGCACCCACCUCCACGACGGGCAGUCGUAUGCGAAGAGGGUCUUUUCACGGCGCUGAGCGGUCCACGGGUACAUUUGUCGCGUUGUGGAAACCACAAAGUGGUGACAAGGGGGAAUAUAAGAUAUUCAUGCUGCAGCA